AUGACGAAAUCUCAAGGAGUCUUGAUCUGUGUGCCUCUCUAUACCAUUUCGGUGCUAUUCCUGGGCGCCUCGAUCACAGCGGGCCUAUUCGUGUUCCAAGUGGCCGUCGUGCCUCUAAUAUUUAAGUACUCGAGGACAUUCCGCCGCGGCCUCGUGUUCGCUAAUUUCGUACAAUGGCCACUGGGGAUAGACUACGAGGAUCCCUCAGCGAGCGGCAUCGAGGGCGGGAGGAACAUAAGCAUAGAGUACACCUCGAAGGUCGACAACUGCCCCGUGAAGAUCGGCGUAUGGCACAUAUUACCGAAGAACACGUACGAGAGGAUGAAAGGCAGCUUCGACCAGAGUUCCGAUAAGGAACAGCUAAGCGCUUCGAUGGAUCGCGAGCUGGCCAACUCUAAGACUCCCAUCAUCAUGUACUGUCACGGCAAUUCUAACUCGCGCGCGGCAUCCCACAGGAUCCGGUUGUACAAGUUCUUCCAGCAGAUGGACUUCCACACGAUAGCCUUCGACUACAGAGGUUACGGUGACUCAACCAGUCUGACUCCGACAGAAGCUGGUGUGGUUGAGGACUCUCUGAUGGUCUACGAGUGGUUGGAACUCGCGCUGGCUUCGGGCGAGCGGAGACCACCGGUCUUCGUGUGGGGACACUCUUUGGGCACCGGCAUCUCGUCGCACCUGCUGGGCAACCUUAACGAGCUCUCGGUGCAUCUUCUAGAACGUUCUGCGCCCCUGCCGCAGCCGAACGGACUCAUCCUGGAAGCGCCCUUCAACAACAUAGCGGACGAGGUGGCGGAGCACCCGCUUACCAAGCUGGUGAAGUGGCUGCCGUACUUCGAGCACACCUUCGUGGCGCCGUUCCGGGACGAGGCCACGUGCGAGCACAGGUUCCGCUCGGACAGGCACCUGGCGCGGGUGCCCUCGCUGCCGCUGCUGAUUCUGCACGCACGGGAUGACGUCAUAGUGCCCUACGUGCUCGGCCACAGGCUCUACAAAUCCGUCCUGGAGUCCAGGUCGGAGCGCGACGCGCCCGUUAAGAUCCACGCGUACGAUAAGAAGGAGAACCUCGGCCACAAGUGGAUAUGCAGCGCCCCUGACCUGCCCCAAGUCGUCGGCGACUUCGUCAAGGAACACCAGAAG